UUGAAGCGAAUUCUUUUUCUACAUUCUCAAAGAAAAGUGUUAAGGUGUGUCGUUCGUGUGGGGCGCGGAUUAGCGAAAGAAGCAUACUAUGUGCCACGUUAUAGCCAAAAGUUUGCUCUUACUCCUGGUGUGCAGGCGUUGAAAUUGAGCGUCGUGCAUGAGAGUCUGCCCACUCUUUAUUACAACAUCGGUGUGGAAGUUCGAGCGGGUACGGGACGGUACAAGGACACUCAAGUGGUUCUACUCACACCUCGUUAUGUGAUCAGUAAUCAGUCUUCGUAUGCCAUUUCUGUUUGUCACCAUGACCUCGUUGAUCGAGCUUCUGAGCAUGUACAUAUUGCCUCACAAUGCAGUUUGGUGUGGAACGAGAAUUAUGAAGAUUGUCGGCAGAUGUGUGUACGUCGAAGUGACGUACGGUAUUGGAGUUGCCCAUUCCGCAUAGAUCGCAUUGGAUCGUUCCAUAUUACGAUGAGGGAUUCGGAUGAGACUCCAAGAUUUGUCCGUGUGGAAGUGAUCCUGAAUAGUGCGGUAUUCUGUGUGACGUUCACCGAUGCUGAAUACUACCCACCGCCAAUUCGGAUAGAUAAUCAGUCGGAUCGUCCCAGUGCUCUUUCAACAGCAUCAGAAGGCCAUAUAGGACGAUCAUCAUGGACUGAUUGGCAAGCUGAAGUCAUAUCGAUUACGCCUGGGAUGAUCUUUACGGCAGCCGACGGAUUGUGCUACAGGUGUAUGAGAAUAAAAGUCAUGUGUACGAUCCAUCGAAUGCCAGGAAUUGGUCCACAACUCGUCUAUGAGAACAACGUGUAUAUUCAGCUUGCUGCCUCUUUCACUGACUUCAAUGUGACCGGUAACAAGAAGACGGAUGAGUGCGAGUUGGUAUUGGAAACAAUGCAGAAAGGGAAAGUCAUGCUCAACAAACAGAACAGGAUUGAUGCCAACAGCGGCAAUCAGCUGUGGGUGAUGUGCCGAGAUGGGUGUAUAGAAAACGUCGGCAUGUCACAUCGUUCGAAGACUCGAAUGGUUCUGGAUGUAUUGGAACGGAUGGGUUUCCAACUUAUGAUGACACCACGAUCGUCAGCUCGUGAUCGGUAUCAGAAGUGGACCUUUUCUCCGGUUUGUUCGAUAGUUUUGUGCCAGUUGGCCGUGUAUACUAUGCGGGAAUCCGCGGCUCGGGAGAGGUGA